UGUUCUCUUUCGUUUUAUGUCCGUUUCAUUUUCCCGCAGAAAAUAGGGUGUCGAAUCUGUCCUAUAACCUCCGAUAUAUUUAUUACAAUUAAAGAUCAAAGAUGAAUCUUUUAUGAUAAUUGUGGAUUAAUUCGUGUAAAAAUUGUUCUAAGUGAUGUUGUGUAAGAUCGUUUGUGUUCUUGCGGUCACUCUGUAGCGUUUUUAAAAAUUAAACAUGGCCUCGAACCGAGGAAUUCAGAUUGGAUCCGCGUGGUUUCAAAGGAAGCUGAACUUGAGGCCACAGCAUCGAGGGGUGCACCUGGUCACGGAAGAGAUCCUCAAGCAGGUGCCUGAACUGUCGCAGUUCGCGGUCGGUCUCUGCCAUAUCCAGAUAUUGCAUACAUCGGCAAGCCUUGCGCUAAACGAGAGUUGGGACCCCGACGUCCGAGAUGAUAUGGAGAUGAUGCUCAACAAAAUAGUGCCAGAGGGCUUACCCUACCGCCACUCGUGUGAAGGUCCCGAUGACAUGCCUGCACAUGUAAAGGCCUGUUUCCUGGGCUCCUCCUUGACAAUCCCUAUCACAGAUGGAAAGCUAAACCUUGGCACUUGGCAAGGGGUAUGGCUCUGUGAGCAUCGAAAUCACGCUGGCAGUCGGAAAGUGGUGGUGACGCUGUCGGGCUGCCCGCGCGACUCGCCGCUGUCGCCGGUGUCGGCGGCGUCGUGCUCGAGUUAGGAGCGGGGGGGGGGGCGCGACCCCCCACACGCACUCGCACUCGCGCCCCUCCUCAAAGAGCACCAGGAGGUAAACUCCGCCCGACCACCUUUUAUAUGUCCGCACCUGACCUAGCUGUUAGUUCUUACUCUUAUCUUCGAGCGACAAUAUGUACAUAAGAUUAAAUUUUGUACUGCUUCGCGUGGCGGUUCGGACGUUACUUAUUGAAUUUUAAUCUUGCGCGGGCGCAGCGACGCUCCGAUAUCCUACUUGUAAUAUAGCAAUUAUAGGAAUUGAAAGUUAACUCUUUUGUUUAGCUUCCGAAUUGAUUUCAAUUGAAGCGCCAUGCGAAGCAUGAAACCCUAUUGAUGUUAUGUUCGGUCAGAUUUAACUCUGAACCCGUUGAAUUUGUACAUAAAUAUUAUGUGCGACGAUUUUAAAGUAUACAUACAUUAAAGUUAAUGUUGUUUUGUUAUUGCGACUUGUCGAUAUGUACAUAGAUCACGCGUGACGGUGUGACAUUGCUUCGUAGGUUCGGUUGUUGAAAGAGUUGAUGUGGCACCUACUUUUACCAUUAAUAUUCGUAAAAUAAGACAAAUAUGGAUACGGGAUAAGGAGUAAUGAUUUGGAAUGAUUGAGACUUUUCACACUACUGCACAAAAUUGUUUCUAAGUUCACCAGGCGACACUAUUUUUUUCAACAUGACAGCACAUUAGAUGUUUUCAAAGGUCGGACACCCAUUUUAUUACACCAAUUUUGCAUAAAAUUGUAUGUAAUCACACUGGUUAACAGUCAGUUCAUGUAAGUUUUAAGAGCUGUAGUUUAUAUUUAAGUACUUUGUACGUGUACGAUAGCUCCCUUCUCUCUCCGUGUUAGGUUAGACUUUAUUAACGAUUAGAACGUGAAACAUGUCCAUAGCUUUAAAUGUGUCACACCCGUUGUAUCAAUGGGUCCUUCACGGGCAGACAAUGAGCUAACAUUUGGUACCACUAGGAAGUAGUUGUAUAUCAUUACUCUUAAGAUCAUGUAAGUGCCUCGGAAUAAUGGGGUGGUCAUGAAUUACUUUGCAGACUUGGAUUCCGAAGUAAAGUCGCGUCGGCCUUUGUUUAGUUUUCUUACCUUCUAACACCGAAUACUUCCUCACUUGUGAUAAAUACACCUCUUGUAGUUUCCUCAUUUGUUUUCAAAACCAUUUUAAAUUUUACAAUGACAGCCACUGUUCUCUCUCUCUCUAAAUAAUUACGUACUAGAGCAUACGAGAUGAAGAUAUUUCUGCGUAAAACAAUAACGUUAUCAUUUGUCUACUGGUUCGUACUGUGAACCACAUAGAAAAGUAUACUUAUUUUCGUAACGUUAAACUACAUAACGAUUAUCGUAUACUUGUCUGUUUGACUCACUGUAUCGUGUAAUGAACUAUUGAAUCUUUAUUUUGCCAAUGGUUAUUAAAAGUGUAUGUGUAUAGUUGUAUGUCUUCCUAUGUAAGUUCCAUCACAUAAGAUCAAGUUUAGUAUAACUGUCGGAUAAUGUAUUUGGUAUUUGUGCGCGGUAGUAGGGUAUGUAACAUCACCUUUAUAUCCGGCCACAUCUAUAUAACUUAGAUAAUGUGUAAUGAAAUUAUUGCGAUAAGGUGUUGCAAAUUGAACCCAAUGCCAGUAAAACCACAUAAUAUAAACUGAUGGUAAAUAGUAGUGUGUCGUUUUAUAUGAAUUGAAGAGUAGCCAUACAUUACUGAUUUACAGGGUUAUAACCUUGAUUUCUACAGGAGAAUUAAAUGUAUUCCAUAAGCAUUCCAUUUGUAAGUACGAAUAAAUAGAUUCAGUUUCGUGUGCGCUGCAGACACGGUUAAUUUGCGUUUGGCUUUAGAUGUCCCAUCGAGAUUGCUUGUGUGGCACAAUUUUACACUUGACAAUUAGUUAGGAGUUAAUGAAUUAUAAAUAGUAGGAUACGGUUUGCGUUAAGGUGAUGUGCUAAGAGUAGCCGCAGGGCCGGCCUCCACGCACUCGCCUCAUUUUGAUACCGCAUUGUAAAAAGUGUAGAUGUCACAGACAUAAAAAGUUUUGUCUCAUGGACAACCUUAGAUUAUUUCACUUAGGGAGCUUGAUGUAAUUUCAUACUCGGCCAUUUUGUAAAUCUUUCCGUUUCGGUUAUUACCUCGGUCGUUUAGAUGUAAGUAUUGUUCAAAAAUAUCUUAACUGCAUUUAAAUUUUAUGCUUUUAUUGAAUCAUGAAUAUUAGUUGUCACCCUUUACUAUUCACAUGCCAAGUUUUGAUUAUUGAACAUUUAUUUUUUCGGUAAGCUUAAUAUUCUUUCAAGAUUUUUUUUUAUCGCUUAUACUUAAAUUUUCUUAGUAACUUACACCUCAUUUUUAUUUCCCAAAAUUUUUUAAUUAGUAACUUAACUUAUAUAUUUACACGUUUUUUUUGGAUAGAAUUGGGGGAGUUGGGUAAGGGAUGGCUUUUAAGUGCUUUUUAAAAAAUAAUUAAGGAUUUGUAAAUAUUUUUUGCAUUAACAUAUUGUACAUUUACUGAUGUACAUACAGUGAUUCAUAUGUAUAAAAAUGUUCAAGUGCUAUUUGUGUAUGGAUGUUAGGUAUGCCACUGCCAUGGAUCGUCUGCCUCUUGUUAUAUUUUACAAUACUUUAUUGAGGAAUCGACCUUUUUUUUUUGAUUAUAAUAAUGCAUGUAAGAAAAUAAUGCAGCUGGAAAUGUCCUAUUAAAUACAUAAGUUUUAAUAAAAGACGAAGGGCUACUGAUUCGCCUGAUGUUAAUUGCAUUCCUUUAGUUCUCUAUAUUGGAAUAUUGUUAUGUUUGUUGAACCAAUAUAUUAAGCUUUUAGAGGUCCCAUUUUAGGCUGUUACAAUAACAACGAAUGUGUCUAGUGUUACCUGUAAGUGGAAGCGUCUGUUCAUCCCGGGGAUGCCUCUCCUGUCAUAAAAGUGACUUACAAUAAAUAGUACUUGUGUAAAUCUGUGUACGAUCAUUUAAGCUGUAUUCAAUAUUAUUACGUGUAAACUGUAAGUACAUGUACCAAAGACACAAAUAGCCAAUGUUAUAAUAAGCUAUGUUGUUUAUUUCUUCUCCUUUGUAUGAUGCAUUGAGUGUUUCACAUUUUUUAAUAUAUUUACAGUAAUAAGCGUAACAAAUUCACUUUAAGGCACGAAUUUUUAAUCUACUUAUUUAUGUAUUUAAAAUCAUUAUUGGUACAUCAUUUGUUAUUAUAAUAUUAAUUGCACAUAGGAAAAAGAGGUUGUAAUCAGGAUUAAUAAAAUAACCAAAAAUGGGAGACAAAUAAUUUGUGUGUAUAUUAUUUAAGAUCAAUAAUUACUAUAUCAAGAUAUGAUUGUACAGUUUAUUAUUCACUUUCUUAGAACCUCGUCAGAUGUAUAUUGUUGGUUUUACGCUCACUUCGUGACGCCGGGAUAUCUGUCACAAUAAAAGUUUAAUUGUAUCAUAUACAUAACAUGUACAAUAUAAAUAUAUAGAUCCACAAUUAUGAAAGAGAUUAAAUAUUUGCAAAAGUUAA